CGGGGGGGCUGGAGGGCGCGCGCGGCGGCGGCGGCGGCGGGGCGGGCGGGGCCGCGCGGCUUCUCUGACUCUCCGGGGCGCCCAGGGGCUGUCCGGCAGCACGCGCGCUGCCUCCCGGGUCCCUCUCGGCGCCCAGCCGCGGGCGAAGCCGCCCCCGACUCGCGCCGCGCCUCCCGAAGACCCUCCCAGGCGGAGGCCGCCACCUCGACCUCUUCCCGCGCGGUCCGGCCGCUCCCGGCUUCCCCCGCACCACGACUUCCGUUCGCCCGACGUCUGCGAACCGCCCACUUCCGCCCACGCAGCGGUGGGCGGAGCCAAGAUGGCUGAGGAGAGGCUGGCGACGAGAACUCAGUUUCCUGCAUCUGCUGAAUCUCAAAAACCCCGGCUGAAAAAAGCUCAAGAGUUUCCAAUUUUGGAGAAACAGAACUGGUUGAUACAUCUCCACUAUAUCCGGAAGGAUUAUGAAGCAUGCAAGGCUGUUAUCAAAGAGCAACUUCAGGAGACUCAGGGCUUAUGUGAAUAUGCUAUCUAUGUCCAAGCAUUAAUAUUUCGCCUGGAAGGAAAUAUCCAAGAGUCCCUAGAACUCUUUCAGACGUGUGCUGUUCUCAGCCCUCAGUGUGCUGAUAACCUCAAACAGGUGGCCAGAUCUUUAUUUCUUUUGGGAAAACAUAAAGCUGCCAUUGAAGUAUAUAAUGAAGCAGCUAAACUUAACCAGAAAGAUUGGGAGAUCUGUCACAACCUAGGAGUCUGCUACAUUUAUCUGAAACAGUUCGACAAGGCACAUGACCAGCUGCACAAUGCCCUACAUCUUAACAGGCAUGAUUUGACUUACAUCAUGCUGGGGAAGAUCCACUUGCUGCAGGGAGACUUGGACAAAGCCAUCGAAAUCUAUAAGAAAGCAGUGGAGUUCUCGCCAGAAAACACGGAACUUCUUACGACUUUGGGACUACUGUACUUACAGCUCGGCAUUUACCAGAAGGCAUUUGAACACCUUGGAAAUGCGCUGACUUACGACCCUACCAACUACAAGGCCAUCUUGGCAGCAGGCAGCAUGAUGCAGACCCAUGGGGACUUUGAUGUCGCCCUCACCAAAUACAGAGUCGUAGCUUGUGCCGUUCCAGAAAGUCCUCCACUGUGGAAUAACAUUGGAAUGUGUUUCUUCGGCAAGAAGAAAUACGUGGCAGCUAUCAGCUGCCUGAAACGAGCCAACUACUUGGCUCCCUUCGAUUGGAAGAUUCUGUAUAAUUUGGGCCUUGUCCACCUGACCAUGCAGCAGUAUGCGUCGGCCUUCCAUUUUGUCAGUGCAGCCAUCAACCUCCAGCCAAAGAUGGGGGAGCUCUUCAUGCUCUUGGCUGUGGCUCUGACCAACCUGGAAGACCCGGAGAACGCCAGGAGAGCCUACGCGGAAGCGGCCCGUCUGGACAGGUGUAACCCUUUGGUGAACCUGAACUAUGCGGUGCUCCUGUACAACCAGGGCGAGAGGAAGGGCGCCCUGGCCCAGUUCCAGGAGAUGGAGAAGAAAAUCCGUCUGCUCAAGGACAGCCCCUCUCUGGAAUUUGACGCAGAGAUGGUAGAGAUGGCCCAGAAGCUGGGAGCUGCCCUGCAGGUCGGGGAGGCGCUGGUCUGGACGAAACCAGUUAAAGACACCAAGUCAAAGCACCGGAGCGCUUCAGCCUGCAAAGCUGCCAGUUUGCAGCAGCCCCUGGGCUCUAACCAGGCUCUGGGACAGGCCAUGUCGUCGGCAGCUGCGUACAGGAAACUCCCAUCAGGUGCCGGAGCAACAGCCCAGCCCACCAAGCCGCCGUCUCUGCCCCUGGAGCCAGAGCCCGCCGCAGGAGCACAGCCAACUGAAGCACCAGCCCAGAUCAGAGAAACACAGGAGUAGGAUGGCCCCGGGGCAGGGCUCCUCUGGUGGGGACGUGGCAGGUUAGCGAAGGGCGCAGGACACAGGCGCGCGGAGGCCAGGUGCCCCCGGCACCAGGGAACCCAGAUGUGUUCCAGUGACCACGAGGAGGCUGAGGCCUGUGUGGCCUCCCGGGAGCCCCGUGGCCGGCAGACAGGUCCUAUACGAAUUCCGCGCGGGCUUGUGGGUCUGUGUGUGGCUCCACAAGCCAGCCGGGCACGUGACGCUGUUGGCUUUUGAGAUGACUUUUACCUCCUGGAUGACUGAUCCUUUCCUCCGUGGAAGGAACGUCAGACCUCUGCUCAGUAGCCUGUUCUGAUGAAGCCUCGGCUUGGGGGGGUGAUCCUCGGGCUGGGGGGGCAUGUCAGCCCCGAAGGCAAAUACAAAUCCUAGAUUAAUAACGGUCUAACGGUCCCAGCUCUUAACGGUCUAAAUGUGAGGGGGGGAAUGAUGAAAAAACCUCUAAACAUUGAGGCCCAGCCCGUUGGAUAUUCCAGCUGCACUCGUCCAAGGGAACCCAGAACAAUCCCUGUAGCUUGUUCUUGAGACAGCAGUGUGGGGCCAGAUCAUGUAAGACGAGAGUGAAGGGCUGGUCUGGUAUCAGCACCAAGGAUCAAAAGGGAAAAAGGAGCUUCUUAACUAAUUUUUGUUAAAAACAAUCAAUGAUGUCACUGGCCGGAUGCUGUCAAUACGUUCUCUGUAUGUCCUUUUUAGAAUAAAGAUUAUGUAUUAUCGUCCCUUUGGGGAAAGUUGUUACUGAGGUGUGAAAAUAAGAGAUCACAAUAAAACCUUUUUAAAGGAACCUA